GUCCAAAAGCAUAAGUUGUUAAUCCUAGACUUACGCUCACUCUUUUCUUCUUGACACCAUUUGCUUAUCUUCCAAAAGAAUCCAACAAGUAAACAUGAUUGUCAUGUUGCACUUGGCUGUAGGAUUAAUGGGGAAUGCUGCCUCCUUUCUACUUUAUGCUGCUCCCAUAUGGACUUUUGCAAGGGUUAUAAGGAAGAAAAGCACAGAAGAGUUCUCAUCUGUACCUUAUGUCAUUUCCCUGUUGAAUUGCUUGAUGUACACUUGGUAUGGCUUGCCUGUUGUAAGUCAUGAAUGGGAGAACUUCCCUAUGAUCACCAUUAAUGGGCUCGGUAUCCUUCUUGAGCUCUCGUUCAUCAUCAUCUUCAUAUGGUUUGCUUCACGUAAACAAAAGUUGAAGGCUGGGAUCAUGACAACUGCAGUUAUAAUCAUCUUCUCCAUCACUGCACUCAUCUCAACUUAUGUAUUCCAUGAUCAUCAUACCAGAAAAGAACUAGUUGGAAGUGUGGGACUUAUAGCGUCAGUAGCCAUGUACGGUUCUCCUCUUGUUGUCAUGAAGAAAGUGAUUGAAACGAAAAGCGUGGAGUAUAUGCCAUUUAGCUUGUCUUUCUUCUCAUUUCUUGCUAGUGCACUAUGGAUGGCUUAUGGACUUUUAGGCAGGGAUCUUCUUAUUGCGGCUCCAAAUCUGGUGGGAUGCCCUCUAGGGGCAUUGCAACUGGUGUUGUAUUGUAAAUACAGGAACAGAGUAAUGGAGGAGCCAAAGCCUGCACAAGAGUGGGAUGUUGAAAAAGUUGAUAAGAAAACCAGCAAACAUGUGCAGAUUGCAGUGGUUACAACAGAUGAAAACAUUAAUGGAAAAAAGUCUCAGAUAAUUAACUCUUGAUCAAUUAGGUUAUGCACAUGAUCUUUGAUAAGCGCAGAGACAACUUAGAGGAUAAAUUCAGCAGCAUCAGUUCAACGUGCUA